GGGAGCAAACUGGGCGCUAUCGAAGAAACCUCGUUUUUUUUUGUUCCAUACCUAUUUUAGCAACUUGCUUGAAAUAACAGGAUUAUCUGGUUGUAUUUAGCCUGAAGUGAGGGAUGGUGAACUUCGCGUUAUAGACGGGGGAGGGAGAGGAAGAGAGAGACAGGCAAAGAGAGAGAGAGAGAAAGGACAGCCGUGGCUCAGAGGGGGUUACACACACAUCACUCGGCUGAGGGAAGCAGAGUAGGAAGAGAGAGGAGGGGGAAAGGAAGGACAAAAAAGAAGGAAAGGGGGACACUGCACUGUUUGUUUUCGUUUUUAUUGCUUUGUACUAUAGCGGGGAAAAGUCUGCCUUUCUCUUUAAAUGAACGGAUAAAUCUGUGUAAACGGCUUCCAUCUUUAUUUGAAGUAAACCAAGUGGGCCACGAGGAAGACGCCGGAGUUUGAAGUGAUUCGAGCGUUUGGGGCUUACUUUCUAACGCGAAGGGAGACACGCGGUUUGCGGUCCCGUAAGUGCUUAGCGACUUAGUGACAGGACCGAGCGAAAAAACAAACAAACAUCCGAGUAACUUUAUUCGUUCUUAGAAAUAUUAAGAAGUUGCCAAACGCCAGUGAGGAGGAAUACAUAACAGAUCCGUUAGUGGCCUUUUAAAUCACUCUGCUCGGCGAGCGCGGGGAAGAGAACCUGGUCUACUGUAUCAGCCGGUUAUUCGCAGAAUAUUAGCGGACUAUGGCGGCGGUAACAAGUCCAGAAUCGAGUCAGCAAGCUCGCGUUUACUUCCAGACGCCUCCCGGUUCGACCGAAGAAGCCGAGACCCCGGUCCGUAAGCAAGGACGGGUCACGGUGAAAUACGACCGGAAAGAACUGAGAAAGAGACUUAAUUUGGAAGAGUGGAUUAUUGACCAGCUAACGGAUCUCUACGACUGUGAGGAGGAGGCGAUUCCAGAGCUGGAGAUCGAUGUGGAUGAACUGUUGGACAUGGAGAAUGAUGUAGACCGUGCCGCAAGGGUCAAGGAACUGCUCGUAGACUGUUAUAAACCUACUGAAGAGUUUGUAGCUGAAUUGCUGGACAAGAUUCGUGGCAUGCAAAAGCUCAGUACUCCUCAGAAGAAAUGAGCACCUUUCCUCAACCAAUCUCAUCCCUCCUUUUCCAAAGGGAGUGACCUUUCACCCCUGAGCAGGUGCUCAUCUAAUCCCAUUGCCUCUUUUUCAUCCAUUGGCGAGGAGGUGGAGGCAAAAAUAUGGGAGAUUCAAUCAGAUUCUUAUAAGCAGGGCUUAUUUUUCACAUUUUGUUGAUUUUAUUUGUAUUAUUUUAUUCUAUUUCACUUUUUUGUAAAGGGGGAGAAUAUCUUCGUUUUCAAAUGUUUUCAAAUGUACUUCAUGUUGGCGUACACCACUGUGCGUAUUAUCGUUAUGCAUUUUAUUUUACGAAUUCGGGUUUUUCUUUUAAUUUGGUUUGGAAGCUCCCUGCUCUGUCUCAAUGAACACACGGACUAAAACCUUUUUGUGAAACUGUGGUGAUACUUGGCUUAAAAUGACAGACUAGACGGAAGUGGCCUUGUGGAUUUCUUUUCCCCUCUGUGUUUUGAUUCUCCCGUUCCUCGAAUGAAGCGUGCAGGAAAAUUUGUGCACAUUUUAAUUAAAAGAGGAAAACUAAUAAAGAGAGUGAUUAAAGCUGAUUUAAAGUGAGGGAGUUACUUUGGAUUUGUGGUAUUAACGGGGAAAGGAGCUGCGUGUAGGAAAAAAAAAAUGGGGCUUUGAUUCUUGUCUUUAAUUUUCCCGUCUAACACAUACCACACACACACACACACACACAGAAAUUCAUGGGCAUCACCACCCUCAGGGAUCAGGAGAAAUUGCCACACACAUACACACAACCGCAGCUGUGGCUCUUGGGCCUCACAUAUAUCCACAGAUGUGCACACUGACUCUUCCAGAGAGCGAUGGGGAGGGACAAGCUGCAGUGCGUCACGGUCACUGCCAACCGUACGUUUAGAAUUAAUCCUCACACAUGACUCUCCUAAAUCAUCUUUCCCAGGGAGCCAUCUGCUCUUUUUGUCUCGGCCAAUCCAACAUUAUGAUAAGAGGGCUAAUAGUCUCGGUGCUCUUGAAAUACACCAACCCAACAUUUCCAGCAGGUGUUUCAGAGCUUUUCCCAUAACGUACUAACACAUCACUAGCAUCUGUAAAUAUUAAUCAUUCAUUGAAGCUCCUCCUCAUCCCAUCUGAGUUCACUUAUGAAUUACAUAAAGACAGGUACAAUGACAGCUGUCCUGGAUGCUUAACAAAUGUUUUUUUUCUCUUUCUCCGCUCACUUUUUUCUUUUUUUUCUUUUCCAUAGGCCCAAUGUUUUUAAUUGUCUGUUUUUCAGCUACUUCUCAGCAUUUCAUUUUACAUGAGUCGCUCUACCUAUACUUUCAGAUGUUGCCUUAGGUUACAUUUAUGUUAUGACAACCAAAUAAAUUAAAUCUUUUUUUGAGGACAUACAAGAAAAAUAGCUACAAAUGUGGGAAGUCUUUUUGAAGGUUUAGGUUCUUGUACUUUCAAUGAUAUUUUUUUCUAGAAAAAGGAAGUUAUAUACCAAGUUUUUAGACGUAUUAACAUAAAAUGGAGCACUGUUGUUGUUUUCCCUUCUUUUGUAUGUGUACAAUGAGAGACAGGAGGAAUGGAAAAUCAGCUGCAUUUAAAAGAGGAACAAUAGUAUGAGUUUAAUUGAACUGAAAAAUGUAAGCAAUUGAGAAAGACGGUACAUAAGGUCGUACCUUUUGGAGAAAAAAAAAAGCAUCUUGUAGCAAUACUAAACUGUCUUGGUUUUUUGCCCAAUUUUGUUACACUUUUAUGCAACUUUAAUAAAAACGUUAAAUUACA